UUGCAGUUCAUAACUGGCGAAGGACAUUUAAUUCGCGAUACUAACUACUUUCGUAGGUCAUUUCGUAGUUUCGUCGGUGCAGUGAAGAAGUGAAGAUGAACGACGAUUUGAUAGACACUUUCGGUAGUCUCUCGUUGAAUGAUGAAAAUAGAGUAGUGCAGCCUGCGAUUCAAAUCCAGAAAAAUCCGUCAGUGCUCAGCGUUUGCCUGAGUCACGUAGACACACUCCAGUGGAAUUGGAUGGAUAAUAAUACAGCGUACCAGCUGGUGAAGUUAUCGGGGAAUUCACCGGAAUAUCAUGCAGUCGAGAGAAGAUUCAAAUCUACCUCCCCUCUUAGUAAUAUUAUACAAAUUCAAAGAGUCCAGUGCCCUUUCUUGUACGUACAAUAUCAGCUCAAACUGAAACAAAAGCAAAGCAGGCACGUAUAUGUUUCCGAAUCAAGUUUGUUCCACGGCACCAAGGAGUGCAAUAUUGAUUCGAUUUGCAGAAAAAAUUUUGAUUGGCGUUUGAUGGGCUCCAGUGGUUAUCGAUAUAGCAAGUUCGGUUGUGGGGUAUCCUUCUCGCCGAGUUCUAAUUACGCUUCCAUGUUUCCUCGGAAGCAUUUUGUUAGCGAAAGAAUUAUGUUCGUCGUUAAAGUUUUGGAAGUAGCUAGAUGUCCAGGUAUAUCUGGUUUGUAUAUACCUCCAGAACCAGCUGAUACGUCUGCCAAAAGCGAUGGGAACGUCGUUGUCAAAUAUUUCGAUAAUGACUUUUGUCCGGAAUAUAUUAUAAGGUACUCGUGAUUAUUUCAACAGUUGAUGUUCAACUAACAGCUUUGAUUAUAUUUCACUGGGAUAUUGUUAUAUUGCCUAUUGUUAAAUAAUAGCUAUGAAUGUUAUUAUGCAUAUAUGAUAAAUGGUUCUGUGUUUAGUUCAUUAAAAUAUCCGUAAAAUUAG